AUGACACUCGUCCACAUUGUCCUCUUCGAAUUCAAACCCACCACUGAACACGAAGUAAUCCAAGAUGUCUGCCGUCGCAUGCUCGCCUUGAAAGCCGACUGCGUCCAUCCCCGGACGAACCGUCCCUAUAUCCUCGAAAGCUCAGGAGGCAGAGACAAUUCGCCAGAGGGCCAUCAAGGCGGGUUCUCCCAUGGAUUCGUAAGCCAUUUCGCGAGCGAGGAGGAUAGAAAAUACUACUUGACCGAGGAUCCGGCACAUCUGGCUUUUGUGAAGAGUUUGGAUGGGAUUAUACAGAAUGUGAGGGUGGUGGAUUAUGAGCCGGGGAAAUAUUAG